UCUCUCUUCGACUGCGUACACUGUGGACUUGUGUGUACUGAGCUUCACAGGGCAGAUCAUGUGCAUGUGUAAGUGUUAGGGAGCUAGUGGAAGUGCUUUAGAGCUCCAGUGAGCUUAAGUUUACUUUUGUCUUAGUGUGCUUUCAGCUGAGGUUCUGCUUUAACACAGAUCAAUACAAAAGAGGGAAAAAGAGAACAAGUCAGGGGGACCAAAUAGAUAAACAGCCUAAAAGCGUAUAAAAGACAUCACACACACUGGCACACACUUAUUCUAAAGUGUGUUGAGAACCAAUACCGGUGGUCAAAUAGUUUUUUUUUUUUCUCUUGCCUGGACUGACCAUUUCACCAAGAGGGAUGUGACCAUUGUGUGCUUUACACCCUGACUCUACACACAUCCAUACACCUGCUCCAUUCUCAGGUGCUGUUCUGAAGAUCUGGACCCCUGUUAAUAACUGUGUAUCUUGUGGAUCAUGAUGGACUACGUUUUGGGGAUGGCGGUGCUGCUGUGUGGGCUCUGGACGCCGCUGAGAGGAGCUGAUGCUCAGCGUGCCAAAAGCAACGUGCCCCGACUCAAACUCUCCUACAAAGAAAUGUUGGAGUCGAACAACUUGUUUACUUUCAAUGGACUGGCCAACAGCUCAGCCUACCACACUUUUUUACUGGAUGAGGAGAAGGGUCGGCUCUUUGUAGGAGCAAAGGACCAUCUCCUGUCAUUCAACCUGAUCGACAUCAACAUGGACCAAAACCUGAUUCCAUGGCCUCCAUCUUCAUCACACCGCGACGAAUGCAGGUGGGCUGGAAAAGAUGUCCAGAAAGAGUGCUCAAAUUUCUUAAAAGUACUGCAGCCAUUUAAUCAGACGCACCUGUACGCAUGUGGAACAGGAGCCUUCCACCCCGCCUGUGCUUAUGUAGAGGUGGGCAAGCGGCCAGAGGACAACACCUUCAGACUGGAGUCGUCACAUUUUGAGAACGGUCGAGGAAAAAGUCCAUAUGACCCAAAACUCAUGACUGCUUCACUACUUACUGAUGGUGAGCUGUAUUCUGGGACAGCAGCCGACUUCAUGGGGCGAGACUUUGCUGUUUUCCGAACGUUAGGAAAGCAUCAUCCAAUCAGGACAGAGCAGCACGAUUCUCGCUGGCUCAAUGAACCUCGGUUUGUAGGUGUCCACCUCAUUCCAGAGAGCGAUAACCCUGAAGACGACAAGAUCUACUUGUUCUUCAGAGAGAACGCUAUCGACGGAGAACAAACUGGCAAAGCCACUCACGCCAGAAUUGGACAGCUGUGUAAAAACGACUUUGGAGGUCACAGGAGUUUGGUGAAUAAGUGGACCACGUUUCUGAAAGCUCGGCUAAUCUGCUCAGUUCCUGGCCUUAAUGGAAUUGACACACACUUUGAUGAGCUGCAGGAUGUCUUUCUGAUGAGCUCAAAGGACUCCAAAAAUCCCAUCAUCUACGCAGUGUUCACAACAUCCAGUAACAUCUUUAAAGGCUCAGCAGUGUGUAUGUACAGCAUGGCAGAUGUAAGGAGGGUGUUUUUGGGUCCCUAUGCUCACCGAGAUGGGCCUAACUACCAGUGGGUGCCUUUUCUGGGCAGAGUGCCAUAUCCACGCCCUGGCACGUGUCCAAGCAAAACCUUUGGAGGCUUUGAGUCCACGAAAGAUCUACCUGAUGAUGUUAUUACUUUUGUCCGAAGUCAUCCAGCCAUGUACAACCCGGUACUUCCUCUUAACAAUCGCCCAAUCAUUAUUAAGACCGAUGUGGAUUACCAGUUCACACAGAUCGUUGUGGAUCGAGUGGAAGCCGAAGACGGACAGUAUGACGUCAUGUUCAUUGGCACAGAUCUCGGCACGGUUCUUAAGGUGGUCUCGAUUCCCAGAGGCACGUGGCAUGACCUUGAGGAAGUUUUACUGGAAGAAAUGACAGUGUUUAGGGAACCAACAGCUAUAACUGCUAUGGAACUUUCCACCAAACAGCAACAACUCUAUCUAGGCUCGAAUAUUGGCAUUUCCCAAAUGCCGCUGCACCGCUGUGAUGUUUACGGCAAGGCCUGCGCUGAGUGCUGUCUAGCACGAGACCCCUACUGUGCCUGGGAUGGCUCGCAGUGUUCCCGAUACUUUCCCACUGCUAAGAGGAGGACUCGGCGGCAGGACAUCAGGAAUGGAGACCCUCUCACUCAAUGCUCAGACCUGCAGCACAAUGAAGAGGAGAAUGGUGAGAGUACCCUGCUGCAUAAAACAGUGUAUGGGGUAGAGAACAGCAGCUCCUUCCUCGAGUGCAGUCCUAAGUCUCAGCGUGCUCUCAUCUACUGGCAGUUCCAAAGACAUGGAGAGGACCGCAAACAAGAGAUAAAGUCUGACGAGCGAAUGAUGGGAACAGAGCAGGGUCUACUGAUCCGAAGUCUGUUUCCGAAGGACUCGGGUGUUUACUACUGCCACGCAGUGGAACACGGUUUCAUCCAGACCCUCCUGCGCCUGACUCUUCACGUCAUCCCCUCUGAUCACCUGGAUGAUCUCAUGCAACGGCCACUGUCAGAUGCCAGCCACUCGACAAAUGGCAAACUGUGGUACCAGGACUUCCUGUCCCUGAUCGACCCACCUGGCCCCAACAGUGUGGACCAGCUCUGUGAGCAGGUAUGGAAGAAAGAAAGAAAACAACGAAGGCAAAAAGCCCAAUCGCAUGCUGCCCAGCUUCUUCACACCAGCCAGUCCAGCUCCAGCAAGUGGAAGCUCAUGCAGGAGAGCAAGAAAGGGCGCAAUCGCAGGACCCACGAGACACCUCGGGCACCUCGCAGUGUGUGACCCUCCCCCUACGCCUGUGUAACUGCAAAUACACCCAUAAAGAGGAAUGACUCUUGCCCAUUCUACUGACUGUGACUUUAAAAGGCACGCACAGGAAAUGUGAAUACAAUAUUCCACACCUCCUGCACAGAGAGUGUAACUUGGAUUCAAAACGCACUCAUAUUUUGACUCAAAAUGCAGGAGUCAACGGUGGAAAAAUUCACGUAUACCCAGAAAGGAUAGCAACACAUGCUGACAAUAUUCUGUAAAUAUUACACAGAAUUAAAUGAACUUCUACAAGACGUACUUCUGUCUAUCGGAAUAAAGGCACAGCUGAAGGCCACUGGUUCAGCUUUUGUGCACAUGUACUGCACCAAACUCCGACAACCAUGUAUCUGCAGAACAAAUCUGACUCAAACUCUUUCCCAGUGAAGCUCCAGCGUGUCUCAGUGUCCUCUUUUUCCAACCCACUAUUUUCCUUCUCCUUAUUUUUAACUGCUCCAAAAGCAUUUGGCUAUGACACUAAUGCACCAAUGCGUGUUCCCUUUCCUCAAUAACCUUUCCUACAUAAAUACAUCCUUCCACUGUUGUGAAGAGUCAUAUUUAAUUUUGUACUUUUGACAGAAUUAUAUAACAAAACUAUUACAUAAUAUAGAGUUAUUUUAUUAAUGGUGUCUCUUCAUCCUCUCUCUCUCUCUCAAUCCUCUAUUUUCUGGGCUACUCAGCAUUUGUAUAAAUUUUUUUUUUUAAUCUGAGCUGCUUUUAAAUUUUAAAUACAGUAUAGCUUUAUUCAAGAAAUCUUGUCCCAAGAGAAUAUACCAUCAAUGUGAUCAAAUUGUGCGCUAAUAGCUUCAAAAGCUGUGUUGAACUUCAUUCUCUUUAUCAGCAGCUAGACAAGUCACAGGUUUAUAUUCAAGCACUCAUUCAAAAGAAAUUGUCUUUUCUAUAUCAACAACUAUGAAGCGUUCACAGGAACUAGUGUGGUGAACGUUCAACAUAAUGUAAAGUGCUAUUUAACGAAAAAAAGCAUUGAAUUAUUGAUGCUGUGAAAUGUCCCAUAAGGACAUACUUAUGACAUUUGUAAGGAAUCUCCAGCGUCUGCACUUUUUUAAUGAUAAGUCAGUUUUCUGCCAUUAUGUAAAGAAAUGAUUUGCGGUGAAGCAUCUCACAAACGAUGAAUAGAGCUGGUUAAAUGAUGUUACAUUUAUUGAUUAGUGAGCAUUUAUAAUCAGUGAUGGAUUGCUGUGUGCAACAAAACACUCCAUGAGGUGCUGGUAUGGGAAAUUCUUCAGCUCCAGGGAGGCAACAGUCAAUCUGCAAUAUUUUGCCACAUCAAAUUAAUUGCCACCUUCAUUAAUUAAUUUUAUCUAAACAAGGCCGUCACUGACUUUGUGUCAGGAAGUGAUUUAUUUUUUUUCUUUAAUAGGAAAAAGCAUCUAAUCAAAGGUUUCUUUCAGAAUAUAAAUCAUUACCAAGUGAGACCUUAAUCAAUCAGACCACCAAUCAUGUGCAUUUCCUCUUGCUGGAAACAUUGAACUCAUACCCAAACUGUAUUCAUUCUGCACUGUAUUACUGUCAACACGCAGGAUGUGCAGUAUGGUGGACUUUUUCACUGGGAAAAUGAAACAAAACAAAACAUUCUUCUUUGAAUACUGAUUUUUUUUUUCCUGUAGUACAGAAACAAUGUAAUAAUUUAGAAAACACAGAUAAGGCAGAGGCCUUAAUAUUCCCUCUAGUCUAUAUUGGUAAAAAAAAAAAAUAUGUAUACACACCAGAAUGUAGCUGGGAAUAUACUGUAAAAUAUUUGAGAAGAAAGAUUUGAGGUAAAAAAAAACAUGUACAACCUGCAUGCGAAUGCUCUUAUCAACCCAUUUUGUCCCUCUAGCAUUUGCAGUAGCUAGUUGUUAAUGUUGUGAGUUUCACCUACAGCUAUAGACACCUGACAUGACCACAUUUUCUCUAUAGGGGACAUUCUACUCUUAGUCAUGUGACUAAUACAGUGUUAGCUAAGGGCUGUGCUGCUGCCUGUGGUACUCUCUCGCACUGUAGCUCACUCGAAUGAUGUAUACACUACACAGACCUGGACUUGUAUGGGUCAGACUGUACGUUCACUAUUUCACAAUGUACAAUGACAGAUGCAACUUAAAACAGUAUAAUGGUCAAGUCAAUAAAGUUUGGACAGAAAUGGACACUUCCCCAACAGUUGGGCAAAACUGAGUGGAAAAGAGGGAGAGCAAUGAAAAAAAAAAAUGCUGCUGUAAAUUAUUUGUUUUGGCAUGUAUUCCAAUGUUCUAAUAAAUGUCUCUUGUAAGAACUUGA